AUGUCUUCAUCAGUAGAUGACACCAUUGCCUUGGCAACCCACACUGUGCUUACCGACCUGGACAAAGGGAAUACAUAUGCAGGUCCCAGGUGGUCGAGAAUCGGCAGCUACACCUUCUCCUCGCUGAUCUUCAACACGGGCGCACCACAGGGUUGUGUGCUCAGCCUGCUCCUGUUCUCCUUGUUCACUGACAACUGUGCUGCCAAGCACAGCUCCAAUGUUAUCGUUAAGUUUGCUGACAUCAUGACCGUCCUGGGCCUCAAUGCAGACAGCGAUGACACAGCCUACAGAGAGGAGGUGAAGACACUAAUCAGCGUUGUUGCUACUGGGCAGCUUGCAAUCGCUCACACAGAUGAGUUCAUUACGCAGACAACAAAAAUGGAGGGAGUGUUCCAUAGUCACUUGGAUGAGAGAGUGCGUCCAUGCAUUGAUUUGAUUGAUUCACUGAGGCUGAUCGGCAUUGAGAAGGAUUUGCCUCUACCAACUAUAGCUGUGGUUGGAGACCAGAGUUCUGGGAAGAGUUCUGUGUUGGAAGCUCUUUCUGGAGUGGCACUGCCCAGGGGAAGUGGUAUUGUCACCAGGUGUCCACUGGAACUCAAACUACGCAAAGUGAAGGGGCAAAUCCAUUGGAGGGCUGUCAUAGCUUACAAAGACAAUGUUAUUGAGUUUUGUGACCCAUCUUUGAUUGAGGGAAAAGUGAAAGCUGCCCAGAAUGAGCUUGCAGGAAAAGGUGUUGGAAUCUGUAAUGAACUGAUCAGUUUGGAAAUCAUGUCACCAGAAGUGUGUGACCUCACACUCAUUGAUCUGCCUGGAAUUGCCAGGGUGCCUGUCAAAGGUCAACCAAAUGAUAUUGGCGACCAAAUAAAAAAACUGAUCCUGUCAUUCAUUGAGAAGAAUGAAACCAUCAACUUGGUAGUUGUUCCAUGCAAUGUUGACAUAGCAACAACAGAAGCACUGAAAAUGGCACAAGAAGUGGAUCCUGAAGGAAGACGUACUCUUGCUAUUCUGACCAAGCCAGACCUGGUAGACAAGGGAACAGAGAAGAACAUCUUGAACAUAGUUCACAAUCAGGUUGUCCCUCUGAGUAAGGGUUAUAUCAUUGUUAAAUGUCGUGGUCAGAAGCAGAUUGAUGACAAAAUAUCUUUAACAGACGCCAUGCGACUUGAGAGACAAUUCUUCGAGCAACAUGAUUACUUCAGAAGUCUGUUGCAUGAAGAGAAAGCCACUACUCAAUGUCUUUCCAAGAAACUAACUCAAGAGCUGCUAGACCACAUUAAAAAAUCACUGCCACUGCUGUCAGAGCAGAUUACGAAGCAGCUCUGGGAUGUGAGGAAGGACCUUACUGAGUGUGAGACGGGUCCACCUCUGGACCCUCAUGGGAGGAAAAUCUUCCUCAUUGAAACCUUAACCAGAUUCAAUGACAAGAUUGACCGUCUAGCAUCAGGAGAGGUGGUGACUGAGGAGAACCUAUUUACUGUCAUGCGGUCUGAGUUUAAAAAGUGGAAGGAUCUUCUUGAUGGAACCAAGGCAUCAUUUCACAAGACUAUGCAGGAUGUGGUACGUGAGUAUGACCAAAAACACAGAGGAAAGGAGUUGCCAGGGUUCUGCAACUAUAAUGUGUUUGAGAUGGUGGUGCAAAGACUGGUGAUCCAACUCAAAGGCCCAGCUGUUGACACACUGAGGAUCAUAAGAAACGCCAUCCGGAAACAGUUUACUGAUGUAUCCAAAGCCUGUUUCCCAAACUACCCUUUCCUUCAGUGUGUCACUAUGAACAAGAUUGACAACAUUCAGUCAAAGCAGGAAGCUAAAGUGGAGGAGAGGAUCAGGGAGCAGUUUGAUAUGGAACAACUUGUCUACACACAAGAUGGCAUCUACUUCAAAAUCUUGAAGGAGGAGACUCCCACUGUGGUGAAAGGUGAAAAGGCCACAAGGGACAAGGGUAUGACACCAGGCCUUGACGGCAGGACCAAAUAUCCUGAGAUGCUAAAGGCCUAUUAUGAGAUUGUGGUCCAGCGGCUGGCAGACCAGGUGCCCAUGCUGAUUCGUUUCUUCAUGCUGAAGGAGUCAGCUCGACUUCUCCGCAGUGAGAUGCUGGGUUUGGUGGAUGGUGCUGACGUGUGCGAGAUCCUUCGGGAAGAGUCUGAUGUCAAAAGACGGCGCGUAGACAUGCAGAACCGCGUGAACCGCCUGAGCAUGGCUCAGGAGAAGCUCAGCAACUUCAUCUGA